UUAUCCUCCGUGAGAGAGAAGAGAGAGAAGAAAGUCUAGUGUUGAGCUUUGUCCGUCUUCUUCCUGUGUAGCUCCAAUGGCGUUGAGGAACUUCUACAACGAGAUCAGAGGAAUGAAAGUGAAGGAUCUGCCUGCACAUCUGAAGCCAAUGCUCUCCAGCAAUCACGUGAAGCAAGUUAUCAAUAGAGGUUUGGAUAACUAUCACCGCAAGUACAUAAUGACUGACUCGAUUGAUCCUCUCUUCCAUGUCUGUUUCGGUGGCAUGAUCUUCUCCUACCUAGUCGCUCUCCCUGAAGAGCGUCGUCAUCUCGAACACCAGCAGCAUGCCAAAGAACAUGGCGGCCAUUAAUCCCUUUCUGAUCGAUCGAUCGAUCUAGGAUCAACUGGGAAACCUGCAGUUUAUUUGGUGAUUGUUCAUUUUCACCGUAUGUAUACUGUGGGAAAAGGAUAUAUUUCCUCUUCAGAUAUGAGGCAACAGCAUUGACUGUUUGAAAUAAAUCAAGUUC